AUGGACGCAUCUCACUUGGAACUUUCAUCUGGCGAGCGAGAGCGUUCUACGAGUCACCGAAGUCGCGUUCGAGAUAUGGGCUGCGAAUUCGUCGCUGACGUUCGAGCGCGAUUCGAUGAUAUCGUGAUAUCAUUUCGGAAAGGUUUUCACACGUUCGUAGAUCCUCGGCAUCAAGGUAACCGAAUAUGUCCGUCGUUGCUGGACGGACCAGGAAACGUGCUAGCUCACGCUUUUUUACCAUUGUCCAAAGUGUCAGAGGUGCACGUGGAUAACGCGGAGAAGUGGCACAUCGAGCUAACUACUAAUCCUGACAAUACGAUUCAUCUGCUGCAUACGUUGACGCACGAGAUCGGUCAUGCAUUAAGAUUACAUCACAGUCCUCUGAAAAAUGCGAUAAUGUACGCUUUUGUUCCCUCUAAGACCUUUCCCGUGCGAUUGAGCGAGGCGGAUUUUCUCGCCAUUCAGAAUUUAUACGGUUUAAGAAAUAAGAGCGAAAUUGCGGGACCAGUUACGACGACCGUAGCGACGACCACGAUCGCGACGCGCGACACGGAGAAUUCCGCGGAUCUGUGCGCGUUGCAACGCGUCGAUGCGAUGUUGGUGUUAGAAAAUAGAAUGUAUGUGGCGUAUCGACACUACUUAUCGGUCGACCUAAACGGAAAAUCUUACGGCAAGUCGUUGUUACUGACGGACUAUCUGCGUUUUCUUCCCGAUAAUUUUAUGCGUUUGGCGGAAUAUUCGAGUUUUGAGCUAGUACCGAGUUGGCCGAGGAAAUUGAGAGAUAUGAAUCUUCCUCCUAAUGCAAAAAUCAACGCUGUGAUUAAUACUAACGCGGGACGAACGUUCGCGAUUUACAACGACGAGAUCAUGGCUGAGAUCGACGAUUGUUCGAUGAUAGCCGUCAAACAUAAUUCGUUGCACGCGAUAUUUCCGGGGAUUCCACCCGCUGUAACGUCCGCCGUUCGAUACAUCGACGGUAAUCUGUAUUUUUUCGUUAAACGACAGUUCUUCAAAUAUAACGAAUUUACUAGAAGUGUAACUAUGGCCGGUAAAUUUGAUUCAGAGAUUUUUGGUACCGUGUGUCCAAAGGACGGAUUGUUAGAGCAAUUGCGCGCUCUUUUGAAAAAACUCGCUCAGAUGAGGAACGUAUCUUCGAACGAGGACGAUUUAGAAGAAGAGAGGGAGGAGGAAGAGGCACGGAAGUUUUCGCAUAGUAUAUAG